AUGGGCGCGGGACUCCGCGGCCACGUGCCGGUCUACGUAUGUGACCGGUUCGAAGGGAGGGGGGUGGAGCUGUCGUUCAUCCAGUUCAACUUGCACUCGAACAACAGCCCAGACGGCCAGUGUGGCGCCGACUUCAUGGAGAUCAACGGCGUCCGCUACUGCAACCGUCAGCUGGAGGGACAGAUACCCAUCUUGGACUUCAGGGGUCCCCGCCGUAGCGUGACAAUGCAUUUCAUAUCCAAUGACCACGAUGCCGGGAAAGGAUUCCUCGGCUUCUACAAGCAACUCGGCUGCCCCACGGGAGAAGGAGGCGAUGCCCAGCAUACUUCCGCCGGCCGACCCCCGACGUCCCUGGGAGGAGGACCACCCGAGUUGUACCAUCCGAAACCGUAUCCGCAUCCGUCGGAUUCUUUGGACGUCGCCACCAAACGACAGCAGCAUGAUCACCCGCAGCCCAGCUGCGACCGGCUGUACGCGCUCGAGGAGUUCGAGCUGGAGAGCCCCGGCUAUAGACCGGGCCCUUACCGGCCGGGACUCGACUGCCGAUAUUUCAUCCGGCGACACAGCGACGCCGUGUGCAUGCUGCUAGUCACAUUCGACGCCUUCGACCUGGAGUACAGCGCCGGCUGCCACCACGACUACCUGGAGCUGGCCGGCCACAAGAUAUGCGGACAGGUGCCCGCCGGAAAGACCAAGCAAGUGCCACUGCGAGACUUUCAAACCGCGUUCCGGUUUCACUCGAACGAGGCCGUCGAGAACCGAGGAUUCAUGCUCCGCGUGCGCCAGGUGGCCUGCGGGGACGACGGUGGCUCGCUGUUCGACCGUGGCUCAUCCCCGCCCCAAUACCCACACCACCCAGCACUCGGAGCCGGGGCCCCGCCGCCGGCCGGCGGACAUCCCCUGGGUCCGGCCAUGUUCGCGCCGUCCGGGGACCCAACCUUCUACCCGCCCUCUAGAGGACUUCCCGGCGGAGCGCCUCCGCCGGCUCUGGGACGUCCCGCGCUCGGCGGCGCUCCAUUGGGACCUCCCUCGUACCCGGUGCCUCCUCCGCUGUCACCACCCGGCAGGGGGCCAGGCCGAGGCCAGUGCGACCGAGCCCUGAACGAGCCCUACUUCGAGCUUCGGAGUACAGACCUAGGCACGCGGGACCUUGACUGCAGGUUCAUUGUGCGUCGGCGGGGCACCGACCAGUGCCGUCUGGAGUUGCUGUUCGUGCGUUUCGACGUGGACUGCAACCAGGACCAGUUCCGCGUGCAAGACGUCCAAAUAUGUGGCAGACUGGAUCACUACUCCACGCGCACCUACGACUUCGAAGGACCCGAGUUGUAUCUGUACUACCACACCCGAUCGGGCGGCCGUGCCUCCGACUUCCUUAUCAAGGGACGUCAGAAGGGAUGCGCGCAAGCCGGAAGUGGAGCGGCGCCUACUUUUCCAGGUGGGGCAGGUGGAGCCCUGGGUCCACCUGUGCCUGGGCGGGACAUCAGUCACCCUCGUCACCAGGGACCGCCAUCGUAUGCACCGCCUUCGCUACACGUAGGUUACCCGCCGCCACCUUCUAUUCCUGGCCCUCCUCCCUCUGGCGGCUCCGGUCGAGACCCGCAUGCCCUGCCGCCCCGUUAUCACGCCCAGCCGCCCUCCCAUUCAGUCGGCGGCUCAGGUGGCUACCCACCGCCGGCGCACUAUCCUCCACCCUCUUCGCACACCUUGGGCGGGGGUGGGCACCCUCCCCGUGCACCCUACGGGCCACCUUCGCACUACCCAGCGCUACCGUCACCGUCGCAUUGCGCGCCGCCGCAGCCGGCGCCCACACCGUAUUACCCCCCGCAGCCGCCACCGCCUGGUGGGCCUCACGAGCCCCGCGGUGGAUACCGGCCCGAGCAUCACAGUGGCGGGGGCCAUUAUGGACAACCCCCGGCGCACCACGGGCCUCCGGCGCACCACGGCCCCCCGGUCGACCGGGCACCACAGGGACUACCGCCGCCUAGUAUGCCGUGGUCUCCACCGUCGUCCGGGAGACCGGAAUGGAUCCCGCGAGACACGGGACCUGGUUCUCGGCCAGCGGGUUACCCUCCGGUGCCACCACACGGCGGACCUCCUGGGACGGGAGGGGCACCGCCGUACUCUAGACCGGGCCCAGGCCAGGGUCCUGUCCGGCCCGCCGGUGACUGCGACCAGACGUUCACGGCGCUCGAGAUGACGGUGCAGAGCCACAACUUCCCGGGUCCUUAUCCGGCGCGCACCAUCUGCCGCUACGUGGUGCGUCGCUACGACAGCGCCACGUGCGCCCUCGAGGUGCUCUUCACCCGCUUCGACAUGGAGCACAACUCGGACUGCCAGUACGAGCACCUCGAAGUUGACGGCCGCAAGCUGUGCGAGAAGUUUUCCUUCUACCAACUCGAGACAGAGAAAGUGCUGGUGUUCCGCUCUGACCAGGGCAGCCCUCACCAGGGCUUCUCCAUCCGCAUGCACCAGAUCACUGACUGCGCCGGCGCUGCGUCCCGGAUGCCUGGACAGGAUAAAGUGCCCCCUGUGCCGCCAAACCCUUUGUGCGACUACUGCCAGAGAGAGCCCCGUGGCCACCUGUCCAGUCCAAACUACCCGCAAAGAUAUGGCCCCAACGCGCGAUGCACGUACCGGCUGGAGCCCGUUCCGGGCCACUGCCACGUGGAGAUGUACUUUCACCACUUCGACGUCGAGAGCUCGCCGGGCUGCAUGAAGGAGUACCUCGAGGUGGACAAGACGCAGCGGCACUGUGGCAACGACCUCAACAAGGCCAUCCGCAAGUUUCCUUUCCCGGAUGGCCCAUCACCCGAGAUCCGGAUUCUAUUCAUGACUGACGGCUACGGUGGCGGCAAGGGCUUCCAUCUCGAAUACAGGCAGCUGCCGUGCAAGUCGGCGCAGCCUGCGAGCGGCGACGGAGGACACAAUGGCCAGGGCUUCGGUCCGGGUGACGGAGAGGGGCGUAACGGUAGCCCGGUGGGCACGUCCGCCGUGGCCAGCUCGGACCGCAAGCUCCACUGGGUCAAAGGCUUCCGCGAGAAGCCCGGCCUCGUCACAGCCAGCAUAUUCGUCGAGAACCGCGGCAAUGCCACGACGAGCAACAGGUUCCUCCGAGACAUUAAGAAGGCUUCCUGAGCACCACCUUCUAGCUGAUGCGCGAAACAAUUUACUUCGCCGAGAACCGUUCGGUUCGUUCCAGGUGAAGCUCGUGUAAGUGCAGCCGCCUCUGUGGUGUGGUCUGAUCUUAUAUCGUCUCGUGAAUGUACCCAGUCGUCCGGUUCAUACACUGGAAGUAAACGGGGCAGGGUUCGGCUAGGCUGAAUACCACAG